UAAAUCCACCUCUGGAAAUGUAGUCAGCCCUCUUCUCCUCGUCACGCUGCCGUCUUCAAGUCCGCGCAGCACGGUCGCUCCGAGUCAUCCUCCAGCCAUGGCAGAUCAGGCCUUUGUGACAUUGGCUACCACCGACAGCUAUGCUCGGGGCGCUAUGGUUCUGGGCAAGGCCCUUCGCAACAACAAUACAUCCAAGAAGUUGGUGGCGCUCAUUGGCCCACACGUGUCAGAGCCCUGCCAAUCAGUGCUGAAGAGGAUCUAUGACGAGGUGAAGCUGGUGGACGUGCUGGACAGCGGCGAUACGGCUCACCUGGCCAUGAUGAAGCGGCCCGACCUCGGGGUCACCAUCACCAAACUUCACUGCUGGACCCUCACGCAUUACUCCAAAUGUGUGUUUAUGGAUGCAGACACUCUGGUGCUUUCCAAUGUUGAUGAGCUGUUUGAAAGAGAGGAAUUGUCAGCUGCUCCUGAUCCUGGCUGGCCUGACUGCUUCAACUCUGGCGUGUUUGUUUUCCGCCCCUCGGUGGAGACCUACGGCAAACUGCUUCAGUUUUGCACAGAGCACGGCAGCUUUGAUGGAGGAGACCAAGGUGUUCUGAAUGGCUUCUUCAAUGAUUGGGCAACAGCUGACAUAUCCAAACAUCUCCCUUUCAUCUACAACCUGAGCAGCAUAGCCAUCUACACUUACCUUCCCGCAUUCAAGCAGUAUGGUGGAAAUGCCAAGGUAGUCCACUUCCUUGGCAAAACCAAGCCAUGGAGUUACACAUUUGACCCCAAAGCCAAACGGCUUUUGGGGGGUGAACAAGAAUUCACCUCACAUCCCACUUUCCUGCUGGACUGGUGGACCCUGUACGCCAGCGCCGUGGUGCCGAUGCUGCGGGAACAAUACGGAGACCAACCAUUCCACUCCGGAUGUGUGGAGGGUGAGGGCAGCUUUUCACAGGAAGUUAAGCCCCAGCCGUCCUCCAAGGAGAGGAAGGAGCAAUGGGAGCAGGGUCAGGCUGACUACAUGGGAAUGGACUCGUUUGACAAUAUCAAGAGAAGGCUCGACACUUUCCUCAAAUAAAGGGGUGUUGGCGUAUCAAAAGCAUUCGCUGUCUAACAAAUGGUCACCAUAGAUCUUUUUGGUGUUUGGUUUUUCCUUUCCUUUCUUGGAAACUGAAAUGGAUUGCAGUUUUCCUUGUUUCUCUUGUAGAAAUGAACCAAUGUCUCCCCACCAGCACUGUGCCUCCAUUAAGACCAUGCAACUUAAAAGAAAAACUACCAUAAGUGGCUUUAAAAAUUCUAUGCAUGAUCAUCUUUUUACUGUCACUGUGAAGACAAGUUUACAAUAACAUGUUUUUGUUUUUUUGUUUGUUUUUUUCUUAAACAGAUGCCAAGAAUUUGACAAAAAAGAAUUACUGCUUUUUGUACUGUUUUAAAAUAGAGAUGUUUAACAUGUAAGAAAUGUUUACAGUGUUUACAAAGACGGUUUAAAAUUUACACUACGAUAUUGGUGUCUCCUCUCUUUACUGCUGUUGGCCCGGAGGUUUUGAGCAGCAGCUUUCCUGUAAGUGAGUCGUUGAAGUCUUCUGUAUUUUUACUUGACCACAAUGUUGACUGCUACGAAGCCCUUCAUCUGGAAAUAUUAAAAUUGUUUAAAAACA